GCAAUGGCCCUUGGACCGGUUCGAACAGGGCCAGACAUCAAGAACGUGCUCUACACUGCAGCCGGACACAAUGGUCCCAACUGGAGCCUCUGGCAGAAAGCACCAGGGGAAACUCGAGGUCGACCCCUGGGAUUCUGGAGCCGGAGCUACAGAGGUUCCGAGGCCAACUACACAACAACUGAGAAGGAGAUACUUGCAGCAUAUGAAGGAGUUAGAGCCGCUUCAGAAGUGAUUGGCACUGAAGCACAGCUCUUUCUGGCGCCCAGGCUACCGGUGCUGAGAUUCAUGUUCGAGAAUAACCUUUCUCCUGUCCAUCAUGCCACCGAUGUGACUUGGAGUAAAUGGACUGCUUUGAUCACCCAAAGAGCCCGAAUAGGGAAACCUAAUCAUCCAGGUAUUGUGGAAGCAAUUACAAACUGGCCAGAAGGCACCCACUUUGGAAUGCCACCACAAGAAGUGGCGAGACGAGCUCAAGAAGCUCCACCAUAUGAUCAUCUACCAGAGACUGAGAAACAAUUUGCUCUUUUCACCGAUGGCUCCUGUCGUCUUGUAGGGAACCGCCGGAAGUGGAAAGCUGCCGUGUGGAGUCCUACACGACUGGUUGCACAAGCAGCUGAAGGAGAAGGUGAAUCAAGUCAGUUUGCAGAGGUAAAAGCCAUCCAGCUGGCUUUGGACAUUGCUGAGCGAGAGGGGUGGCCGAGACUCUACCUCUACACUGACUCGUGGAUGGCAGCAAAUGCCUUGUGGGGUUGGCUAAAACAGUGGCAGCGGAAUAACUGGCAGCGAAAGGGUAAACCUAUUUGAGUUGCUGACCUGUGGAAAGACAUUGCAGCUCGGAUAGAAAAACUGGAGGUAAAAGUGCGACAUGUAGAUGCACAUGUGCCUCUGAGUCGAGCCACUGAGGAACAUCGACACAACCAACGAGCAGAUGAGGC